AUGGUAGUUGAAUGGUAUUUUGUCACCAUUGCUGUGUCAUUUGCAUGUGAUGGAUGUGGACACACCGUGCUGGGCCCUGAGAGCGGGACCCUGGCCUCCAUAAACUACCCCCGGACCUCUCCCAAUAGCACCGUUUGCGAGUGGGAAAUCCGUGUGAAGCCUGGGCAGCGAGUUCAGCUCAAGUUUGGUGAUUUUGAUAUUGAUGACUCAGAUUCCUGUCAUUCCAGUUACCUGAGAGUUCAUAAUGGCAUUGGCCCCAACAGGACAGAGAUAGGAAAAUACUGUGGGUUUGGCUUUCAAAUGGAUGGUUUAAUUACUUCAAAAAGUAAUGAAGUCACAGUACAGUUCAUGAGUGGAAUUCACACUUCUGGACGUGGAUUUCUUGCAUCUUAUUCAACCACUGACAAAUCAGACCUAAUUACCUGUUUAGACAAUGCAAGUCACUUUUCCGAACCAGAAUUCAAUAAGUAUUGUCCAGCUGGAUGUGUGAUUCCUUUUGCUGAUAUUUCAGGCACUAUUCCUCAUGGAUACAGAGAUUCAUCAUCCCUUUGUAUGGCUGGUGUUCAUGCAGGCGUCGUGUCAAAUACUCUGGGUGGUCAAAUUAAUGUUGUAAUCAGCAAGGGCAUUCCAUACUAUGAAGGCUCCUUGGCUAACAAUGUCACCUCAAAAGUGGGACCCUUAUCUACAAGUCUCUUCACUUUUAAGACAAGUGGUUGCUAUGGGACACUGGGUAUGGAAUCUGGGGUGAUUCCUGAUUCCCACAUCACGUCAUCAUCUAUUCUUGAGUGGCCUAAUGAAACAGGACAAGUAAACAUUUGGAAACCUGAAAAUGCCAGACUGAAAAGGAUUGGACCUCCUUGGGCUGCUUUUAUCAGUGAUGAACAUCAGUGGUUGCAGAUUGACUUGAAUAAAGAAAAGAAAAUAACAGGUAUUAUAACUACUGGAUCGACUUUAGCAGAGCAUUACUAUUAUGUCUCAGCCUACAGAAUUUUAUACAGUGAUGAUGCACAGAAGUGGACAGUGUACAGAGAACCUGGCACGGGUAAAGAUAAGAUAUUUCAAGGGAAUACUGAAUUGUACCAGGAAGUUCGCAAUAAUUUCAUUCCACCUAUUAUUGCACGUUUUUUUAGGAUUAACCCCUUAAAAUGGCACCAGAAAAUUGCAAUGAAAGUAGAGUUGCUAGGAUGUCAGUUUAGUAUAGGUCGUGCUCCUAAAAUCACCUUGCCACCACCACCACCACCUCAGAACAAGAAUGACGAGAAGAAUGCUGACUUCGUGGAUGACUUCAUUCAUUCAGUGAAGACUUCGCUGCAGACAGAUAAAACAACUUUCACACCUGAAAUAAAAAACACUACAGUGACUCCAAGUGUAACCAAAGAUGUGGCAUUGGCAGCAGUUCUGGUUCCAGUGCUGGUGAUGGUCUUCACUACUCUGAUUCUUAUCUUAGUUUGUGCGUGGCAUUGGAGAAACCGCAAGAAAAAAACUGAGGGCACAUAUGAUCUACCUUACUGGGAUCGUGCAGGAUGGUGGAAAGGGAUGAAGCAGUUUUUCCCGACCAAAUCAGCAGAACAUGAAGAAACUCCUGUACGCUACAGCAGCAGUGAAAUCAGUCACCUAAGACCAAGAGAAGUCCCAACAAUGUUGCAGACAGAGUCUGCAGAAUAUGCUCAGCCCCUGGUAGGGGGAAUUGUGGGCACGCUUCACCAGAGAUCAACCUUCAAACCAGAGGAAGGAAAAGAAGCCAGUUAUGCUGACUUGGACCCUUACAAUUCCCCCAUCCAAGAAGUUUACCACGCCUAUGCCGAGCCACUGCCUGUAACCGUACCCGAGUACGCGACUCCGAUAAUCAUGGACAUGUCCAGCCAUCCCAGCACACCUCUUGGUGCUCCUUCCAUUUCCACCUUCAAAGCUGCAGGGAAUCAAGCUCCUCCACUGGUUGGAACAUGCAAUAAACUGUUAUCCAGGACGGACAGUGCAUCCUCAGCACAGGCACUGUACGAUAUACCAAAGGGGCAGCCGGGACCGGGCAGUGCCGACCAGCUCGUGUACCAGGUGCCACAGAGCGUGGCCCAUCCCACUGUGAGUAAGGAUGAACAAAGUUAGUUCAUGAGUAAGGUACAAUGAUGGCUUGUUUCUAAAAGCCAGUUCCAUAAAGCUCACAGCUUCAGUUUUUUAAUUCCAUUGUGUUGGUAUUGUUAGUCUUAAAUAAUACAACGUUGAACCAAAAGAUGUGGUAUGGGAGGUCUGGGAAAACAGUAAUUCUGCUUUUCCUUAGCUGUAUGUACAAUUAGCAGCUUGUCUCCUACAAAGCCGUGGACUUUCUUAUUACUACUGUACAAUUGUCUGUCAGACAUGAGAGAAGAACUCUUCAUGAUCAGCUCCUGUAAUUCAUAGAUGUGAGUGAUAAAUUGGGAGAAACAGUUUAA